GCGGUCAGUCGGCUAUCUUUUCAAUAUAUUAAAUUAUCUUUGGGACCAGUCGAACCAGUGGGAGGUAACUGGGGCUCACUCAGUGUUGGGAAUGCAGCCGCCACUCCCACCGGAUGAAGUCAGAGAGCUGGUGUGUUCCUGUCUUCACAGGGACCCAGUAGCCGCUGACCUGAGAUGCAGCCUGUUUGUGGCCGCUGCUCAGAGCUACAAGAGGGACUCAGUGCUCAGACCCUACCCCGCCAGAUACAUCAGAGACACAGACACCAAGGACUUUGAUGAGCUGCUGUCAGAUGUGAGCAGUUUGCCUGGUGUGAGGGAGUUGGUGAGACUGAGACCUGGUGAAGCAGACCAUCAUCUGGCUCUCACACACUGGCUUCUCUCCUCCAAGAGCUUCGCUGUGAAGACACUGCAGAAAGACGAGUAUGUCAAGCUCUGUAACCUGACGGAGAGUGAGGGGAUCUCUACGCCGGUCCCAGACUUCCUGUUUGAGCUGGAGUACUGCGACCAGAUGAACGUUAAGUUUGAGAAGACACGGGCGGGACGCGACCUCUUGUAUGCAUUCCACGGCAGCCGACUGGAGAACUUUCAUUCUAUCAUCCACAACGGACUACACUGCCACCUCAACAAGACGUCGUUGUUCGGAGAGGGCACCUACCUCACCAGUGACCUCAGCAUGGCGGUCCUCUACAGUCCCCAUGGCAACGGUUGGCGUGACAGUCUCCUGGGACCAUUGCUAAGCUGUGUCGCCAUGUGUGAGGUCAUCGACCACCCAGACGUGAAGUGCCAGGUGAAGAGGAAAGACUCCGAGACCAUUGACCGGCAGCGAUCCAGAGCCAGGAACAGCGAAGGAGGAGAGGUCCCUCAGAAGUACUUUGUGGUCACCAACAAUCAGCUGCUCCGAGUCAAGUACCUGCUAGUGUACUCUCAGAGAAGACAUCUGUCCAGACAUUCCCGGGGCAGAUCGUGGCUGGUCAGACAUCACUUUGCCAUCAUGAUGAGUCUGUACCUGCUGCUACUCAUCUUCAUCGGUGCCUUCAACUCCACCACGUUCCUCUCCUUCUGGAACCGGCUCUUCCGGUGAUGUCACAACCACAGGACACACACACACACACACACUCUUCUCGGGGGACGUCACAAUCAAAUCACUGGACCACACUCUUUCCGUGACAUCACAGGACAUGCUCUUCUGUUGACAUCACAGGACGGCCAUGACACUUUUCCACUGCAGCCCCAGUUUGUCUAGCCUGAGGCUCUCUGGUGUUUUACUGGGGAAUAGUUUCCUUUCCGUCCCCAGCGUUUACCCUAAGGCACAUGUGUGAAACUCAUUCCACGGAGGGCCGAGUGUCUGCGGUUUUAUUGCUCCUACCUUAUAGUUGAUUGAUGAAUUAAGGUCACUGAUUAGUAAAUAACUCCCCUCA